AUGAAUACGAGCUCUGACGAGAGGUUUACAGUUCUGAGGAGUAUCGGAGAGUUCAUCUAUGAGCAUGAGCUCAGCGUUUUGCUAGAGAAGAAGCUUGAUCCCAUAUGUUAUGUUUGGUUUGAGCCAUCCCUCACUAUGGACAUAGAACAGGGGAUUAUGAAGACAAUCUAUAUCAACAAAAUGCUCGAAGCUGGUUGUACUGUUAAAAUAUUGAUGGCAGAUUGGCUUCUGCAGCGGCACCCUAGGAUUGGUACCGAUCUAAAUAAAAUAAGGGCCAUUGGCCAAUACAACAUUGAAAUGUGGAAAGCAGCUGGAAUGCACCUUGAAAGAGUAGAGCUUAUAUGGCUGUCAGAUGAAUUGGACCACCAUGCAGUUGAUUACUGGACUCUUGCCAUGGAUGUCUCCAGAAAAUACACCAUGGAAAGAAUUGCAAGCUAUUGCGAGUAUGUAAAACCAUAUGGACCAAAAAUACUGCCUGCUGCUGAGAUAUUUUACCCUUGCAUGCUAGUUGCUGUCGUAUUAUGCCAGAAGUUGAAGGUGGACAUAUGGCUCUUCAGCAAGGAUCAGCGAGACUUUAUCAUGCUAGCUAGAGAUUAUUGUGAAGAUAUAAAUAUGGGAAGGAAACCAACUUUUUUGCUGCACAAUAUUCUACCUUGUUUGCUUGAAGACCCAGAAUUUCAGAAUGAGAUGGAUCCAGGGCAGACCAUUUUUAUGCAAGAUGAGGAGGAUGAUUUGGAUUUUAAAAUGUGGAGGAUGUUCUGCCCUCCAAAAGUAGCAGUAUGCAACCCAUGUUUGGAGUACAUCAAGUCUCUUGUCUUCCCUUGGUUUGGAAAGUUUGAGGUAGUUCAGAAGGAAGGGAAUGGUAGUAACAAGACAUUUGCAAGCAUGGAUGAACUCGUUGUUGACUAUGAAAGUGGUCAUGUUGAUCCAAUUGAUGUUAAGCUGGCUUUUGUAAAAGCGAUAAACAGCAUACUAGAGCCUGUCGCUGAGUAUUUCCGUAGAAACACCAACGCCCAAGCUCUCAUUGCUGCCUGUAAGAUUCCGGAUCAAGUGACUGUGGACGUCUGGAAGAUUAUAAUGCAGAACAAAGAGAUUUGA